AUGUCAACACUGAAUCAGCUCUUCGAUCUUCCGGAUCAGAUUUGCUAUGUUCAAUGUGGCUUCUGCACUACCUUACUACUGGUGAGCAUCCCAUGCAGCAGCUUGUCAAUGUUGGCUGUCACGGUCCGUUGUGGUCAUUGCAGUUGCCUCCUAUCUGUUAACAUGAUGAAGGCCUCCUUUGUUCCCCUUCAUCUCUUAGCGUCACUUGCCCAAGAUGAGCAAAAAGAAGAACUUUGCUUAGAGGAAAUGGUGGAGAAACAAAACCCCUUGGACAUGCGCAGCCCACCAAUGGUGGUUUCUAAUUCUGAUAAUGAAGAGGAGGAUACAAUCUUCAUGAAUCCCAUUGUUAACAAACCCCCAGAGAAGAGACAACGAGCUCCAUCGGCUUACAACCGAUUUAUCAAGGAAGAAAUCAAGAGGCUUAAGGAUGAGAAUCCAAGCAUGACUCAUAAGGAAGCUUUCAGUACAGCAGCAAAAAAUUGGGCUCAGUUCCCUCCAAUUCAGUACAAAGAAGAUGGUCCAGAUGGAGAGAGUUGCACCAGCCAGAGAGAGGAAAAUGUGGCAUGGGAAUCUGAUGUGCCUGAGGCAGUCGAAGAUGGCAAAGUUUUCGGUGAGACAAAGGCCCUAAGGCAUUCCAUAUGGGCAAGGACACCCUUCGAGUGA